UGGAGCUGCACGGAUGUGGUUACAUUCAGUUUGAAACAGGAAACACUCAGGUUCAUUCUGCUCUCAUUAGUCCUUCAUUUGACUUCAGCAAUUUCCAUCAGAGCGGAGAUGGAGCGAGAGGCCUGAGCUCACUAAAGGCAUGAUUGAAGUCCAAAGCCAGCAAGGAGUUCUCCUUGCCUUUGUUUCUCUGGCCUGCCUGGGUUGUGUUUAUGCGCUCUGUCUGUGCUGCGGAAAGAAAUCUACUAUGGAACAAGAGGACAAUAAGAUGUAUGACCAGGAUGAUUUGAAUCAAGACACUGAAUAUGCUGAAAGCAGAAAACAUACAGCAGUGCUAAGACCAAACCAAAGUGAGAUGCCUUCAACCUCAAGGCGAUCACCGACGAACAGGCCUGUGAAGAGUAACAUCCAAUGGAGUUAUCAAAACCUUACAGAUGGAAAUGGCAUCUUGGAACCAACAUAUGUGGACCCAAUUCCAAAUUUGCUUUAUGCAAACGAGGACAACACAGAUACGGAUCCAAAUUUGGACACAGGAGCAUACGAGAAUGUUUUUCCAACACCAGAAGUGCAACAUGACUCAGAUAGCUGUAAUUAUGAAAACUGGGACAACAGAUAUGAGGAUGAUGAACCAGACUACGUGAAUGAAAUCACACAGUGAACACAUGAGUCUAUUUUAAGACAUGGCUUUUGUUUUUUGAUCUUCACAUUUUGUUCUUGGUGCCAUUUACCGUUAUGAAAUUGUUAAAGUGUAUUGCUUGACCUUUUGAAGUAAUCAAUUAAGAUUGAGUGUGAAUGUGCAUAGUCUUAUUAUUAAUAAACAAUGAUAUAAUUAA